AUGUCUGCUAGUGAUAAUUCUGGGAAUGGUGCUUUCGAAAUUCCUCAAUUGCCUAUCCCUGGUCAGGAUAACUCGAAGUUGAUGAAUAACGAAGCUACUGUCAGUUUGGAUAUGGGUUCUCAACAGGUAGGGUCAACAAAGAGUGGAAUGGAUCUGUAUUUUGAUAAUGCUAUUCAAUACAUGGGUGAUCAUCCAGUUCUGACUAGUAUAGGUGGAUUUUUCACUUUGUAUGCCUUUGCUGGGGCCUACAAGGCUUUCGGUAAAAGUGGGGGCAAUGCUGCUUCUACUUUCUUGAAAGGUGGAUUCGAUCCAAAGAUGAAUCAGAAAGAAGCAUUACAGAUUUUGAAUCUGAAGGAGAGUAAUUUAACAAAGAAAAAACUAAAAGAGGUUCAUAGGAGAAUAAUGUUGGCGAACCAUCCUGAUAAAGGUGGUUCUCCUUAUCUGGCCACUAAGAUUAAUGAAGCUAAGGAUUUCUUGGAGAAGAAAGGUGGUGUGAGAAAAUGA